GGAGGCUCGUGCAGCAAUCUUGCUGACGGCUACAAGUGCAACUGUAUUAAAGGACGAUUUACCGGCAAACUUUGUGAACAAGGCAAGACUACAACCUACUUAGUUUAGCAAUAAAGUUAACUCUCUCCAAGACGGACGCCUUUGGGACCUGCCCCAUGUCUCCAUAUGGAGAGAUGUCCGUGUUAUAGAGACUUAACCUGUAAAAAGGACCAAAGAAGGGGAGGGACCACCUCUAGGUGUCCGUUUUAGCGAAGUGUACGUCUUGAUAGAGCGUAUUCACAUGACGUCACGGCGGCCAUAUUGGUGUACCAAAACGAUGAAACAGCGGCCAUGUUGGUGUGCCUUCACAACCCUGUGGGAAUUGAACUCUUUUGUUAUGUAAAAACUUUCUUUUGUUCGUACAAAUUAGCAUAGAUGCUUGCCAUGUGAGUAAAUACGCGCUAUAGAGGUGACCGUUGGCGUAAAGAGAGGUUGACUGUAUAUACCGCUAACGACUUCUGGUUGUUUUUGUUUCAUUGUUGUUGUUGUUGUUGUUGUUGUUUAUGACGGGGCUCAAAUCUCCUUUUAAUUCAUAACAGGCAGUUUGAGCCCUUAAAUGCGUAAAGGAAAGAUUUAACGACAGUUUAAAAAUUUCAGAAUUUACAAGGACCUGUAUCGAAAACCACUCAAGCGUGAAAGGGUGGCAAGGGUAGUUUGUCUCAUACAAAUCCUUGCGAUAUACAGUUUAAAAUUUACAGGUUUCCUAAUUUUAAUAUGCUCUUUCAGCUCGUGCUAACAAAAUUUUUCAAAGACGAACUUUUUUCAAAGUUAACAACAUUAAUAGAUGCAAGUCAGAUUGAUGUGUUCGACCUGUUGAUUAAGGUCAGGCUUUUCCAAAUUAAUGUACAUAGACUCCUGACGCUCAACUUAUUGUGUACAUUAAGUGGGAAACGCCUGACCCCAGUCAACAGAUCGAACUAUUUUCGCGUUUACCGAAAGUUGUUCACGGGAUCAACUAAUGCAAAAGGCCUAUUAGCGCACGAAAAGCAAAAACAUCUUGACGUCACAACCUGUUUACAUACUCUCAUGCAAACACGCCUCUCGGCCAAUGAGAGCGCGCGUACUAUCUUAGUUAUUUUAUAAAAUGUCGUCAUGGUUAUAAUGUUUGUAGUCACAUAUUUUGCCUUUUCUCUUAGUUUGCCCAGUCCCCCUCGGUAUGGAAAGUGGAGCCAUUUUGGACUCCCAGAUAAGUGCUUCAUCAGAAUGGGGCAUCAAUGCUGUCGCACAGCAGGCCAGGUUACACUUCGUAAAAACCGUUUAUGGUGCCUGGUCAGCUAGGUCAAACGACAUACACCAGUGGCUACAGGUCGAUCUUUUAAAUACGACUCGAGUGUCAGGAGUAGCAACUCAAGGACGGAACGGAUGCUCUUGCAAUCAAUGGGUCACAAAGUACAAGUUGAAGUACAGUGAGGGUGGACAGGCGUUUAAGUUCUAUAGGAGAAGCGGAGAUAAUUCAGACAAGGUAGGAAACAAAUAG